AUGUCCUUUGCCACCUACGUCACAAGCCACUGGGCGGUCAACGACAGCUCGGUCUAUCUCGCCUCGCUGCCCAUCGUCAAGUACUUUCCGGCGCUUAUGGAGACGUACGUAGUGCCACCGCCGGCGGCGAGCCAAGGCAAGGCCGGCAAUCUCUGGCUCGGCAGUGCAGGGCAGAUCACGCCGGUCCACUACGACUUCUCCACCCGCGAGCCCGGCAUGGACGGCCUCCACGCCGUCGUCGCUGGCACCAAGAUCUUCCGCCUCUUUGACCCAGCCGCCAACCUCGGGCGCAUUCCACGCCGUCGCUCGUGGUGGCGCUGGCACCAGGGCGCCAUCGACGUGCUCGACCCGGAUCUGGACACCCACCCGGGCUUUGCCGAAGCUGCCUGGGACGAUGUCGAGCUCGCCGCAGGCGACAUGCUCUUCAUUCCCAAGCUCUGGUGGCAUCACGUUCGCACCACUACGCCUGCUGCCGCCGUCAACUUUUGGUUCCAGUCGCGUGCCUCGGAGGAGCUCAAGCUUACCGUCCAUCGCCUCGUCAUGGAGGAGCAUCUCGCCUCCGCCGCCGCCAUGGUCGUGCCCCGCGACCGCCUCGCCAACAUAGUUGCCUUUUACGCCAAGUCGGCUCCGCCGACCGGCGACGCCCUCGAUCGCUACCUUGCUGCGCCUGCCCGCGUCAUGGCCCUCGACGCCUUUCUCGACAUCUUUGCCGCCAUCGGCGCCGACCGCGCCGGCGCCGAGGCCGAUCCAGACCUUGCCGCCCGCCUCCGUGCCCACGUCGCUACCUGGAUCGACGCGCAUCUGAGCGCACACCUGCUGCAGUGAGCCUCUCUUCGAUCGUGCCUGAUCCCGCCAGCCUCCUCCCGCUUUCCAGUGCACUAAUGAAAUACUGAACUCG